GAGGAUCCACUGCCAGUAACGUUCGUGCCGAUGAUGUACUCUGUCGUGUGUCGUAAAGGUAGCAAACAUUCAGGCGCUGCAUAGUGGAACCCCAUCCAUUUUUUUCUUAUUGGAUUUUACAAGUGGACCAGCUAACCCAGGGAGAAAAAUCCCUGCAAUCCGGAAGUACAAAAUAUCCGAAAUACCGAAAGUUGUGCCAGUUGUAUGAUAUUCCAAGGAUAGUUCCUGCGUGUGGAUUUGCUGAUUCCGAAAGAAAAGCGGAUUAAAUUUUCUUCACACCCCCAUCAUAUAUGAAAGAGGAUUAUGAAUGUGGACUAAAUCAAUUAAUAUCGAGGUGAUAGUAAUCUGCUUCCUAUCGAUCAUCCCAUGGCCUGGGCCGAGCGUGUUCAAAAUAUCCUGCUCCCGCGACAGUUCCCGAGUGGUGCGCAAAAUAGUCCAGUCCAAAUGGUUGCCCAUCCUGGAGAAGUACCAGGUCACGUUACCACUGGAAUGUCCGUUUCAUCCGUUGCGCGACAUCUUCGGGCCACAGCAGGCAGCCAAAAAGCAAAACCGCCCGAGCCAAUGGACCUGCGGUCUGUGUGGUAAGAGUUUCUUCGAAGAGAAACACCUCGAUAUGCACUUUGAAAACCGUCACAAAAGCAAUAUCAACAUGGCGGAGGACGCCGUCUGUCUGGCGGACUACUGCGACAUGAUGCGUUGCGAGGUGCUGAUCGCCAAGGAUGCCACGUUAUCCUUUGGAGGCGAUCCCAACAUGAUGUCCACGGAUAUCGAGGUGUGGAACGAAGCAACUGCCUACCGGACGGCCCUAUCUACCGCCGGUCCAAGGGAUUUGGCGAAGGUGCCAGCAAGGAAAUCUCUGCUUCCAAAGAUCUUACAAACGAUAAAGAAUGACAUUCUGAACGAACGGAAGUCUCCAAUGUCGGCAUUGAGUACAAAAGGCCUGUCCAACUGUGAAGUCCCCGCCGACAAACGAAAGUCACGUGUGAGAGAGCACUCGGGGAGUGAUGAUGAUCAUGGGGUGGAAAUUGAUGAUGAAGAUGACGACGAUGACGAAGAUGACGACGACGAUGAAGAUGAGGAGAACGAAAACGAUAGCAAUGCGACUUCGCAAUGUGAGCAGAAUCUGGUGGAUUCUUCGCUACCGCCCGUUGAUCGCAAGCAGCAAAAGCUAUCGGAGAUGCAACGAAUGAAAGCCAACUGCAAGGCAGAGGAGUUGGAUCAACUGAAAACGCGAUGUGAAAUACUCGUUCGAGACUGUAUUGUUGGGCUGCUGGUUCAGCUGUCCUUGGAGGACUUCAAGAGCAUGGAGGAGGAGAUGAAUCGAGCCGUGUGUUGGUACCUGACCUGUGAGAGGUACUGGGAAGAUGGGCCUCUUGAUCAGCGGCCAUUCCCUUGGGGACUAGUGUUCGUCCUGGUGAUGGUCCUAUCGUUGGGCGUAUGCUUGUGCUACUAUAUCAUAUGGAUAUUGUUUGAUGAAGACCAUAGUCCAAUGACGAGUAACCAGAUAACGGCUCAUCCGAGUCCAACGCAUGGAAGGCACUAUCUACAGCCACAGGCCAGCAUCUACCAUUUGGCAGACGGUGGUCACUCGGCUACCAGCCUCAACAGUCUAGGCCAGAUGUCGACUAUGAACGUGACGCCUGUGGGCGUAUCAAGUGGGACGGAUCUUCAACAUACGCCCCAGAUCCAUGCCGCACAGGUACCGUACGGGGACGAAGGCGGCUACGGGUAUGCUGCCGGAAGUGGUGGAUCCAACGCUGUCCCGUCCGAUGGAGCAGCAAUUGCCGGAACAACCAUGGCCGGAACCGGCGAGUUCAGCGAGCUGGGCCAAAGCGAGCACUACAUCUACGUGACGUACCCGCCAGAACUGAAACGAAGACUACUAGAAAGCUGCUACAAUAGAACGACCCGCCUAUGAAAUUAGAUUGAUACUGAGAGGUCUAGUAGAACCAAACCAAAUUUAAAACAAAGACAAAUACAUGAGUAAAGCAAAUCACCCUUUUAGGAACACCUUCACUAACUAAAAGUAGCCCAACAGAACUGUACUCUUUUGAAAGAAUGAAAAAAAAACACUGACUAUAGAUAACGAAUUUUGUAGGAGUAAAUUGUAACAGAAUCACUAUUUCACCAACAAAAACAGACAUGUGAAUGUUUGAAGGGUCUGUAACAUUUAAGGCAAGAAGAAAUCACGACAGUGGCUUUUGAAAACCUUAGGAUGCAACUGCUUUAACUAGCGAACUUUUUUUUUCGGGAAUCAUUGUAAAAAACGUAGAAUUAUCUAUUUUCAUAAGUUUUAGCACAAAUUUAUCAUUUAUUUUACAACACUUCCUAGACCGAUUAGAUAAAUUAGUAUGUAGUACAAUACUUUUAUUAAGUUAAGAAAAAUAAAGCUAUAGAAACCAUUCAAUGACAUCACAGACACUUUAAAACCAUGACCAAGCCGAAAGGCAUCUGAGUUCCAUCUUUCUAUAAUUAUAAUACUAAAAAUCCAAAACGCGAUCUUCGAAUUAUCUUUCUACAACUAUAAAGUACAAACCAUGCGCUGAGAUCGAAUAGAGCAACUAAUCGAGAAUCGCGUAAGUCUUGUUUCAAGUAUUAGGUCACAUCGAAACCGAUACGCGAUCGUUUUUAACAUUCCUGCAUAGCAUUAAACUUCGAAAGCGCUGUUAAAAUUAACUUCAAAUCACUUAUUACGACUAGAGUUGCACACUUUGUUGUACGAAUGCCAUGCCCAACAAGACUUGAAAUACGUUCCAUAACAGACAAACUUGGAACAAUUUUCUUGCUUCCCAUGGUUUUCGUACCACAUUUGUGUAACAAGUAUUUAUAACUCGACGAUUUUUAACUCGUCAAGCCGAAAUGAUUACUGAAACAAAACAGACAAACUAAAGGUUGAAUCGAGGGAAUGGAUAAUCAAUUUUUCAAAUAUGUACCAUUUAGAGAAUAAUCUCAUUCAUAUGAAUAUA